UAACAUGGUGCACAGGCAAAUUCAUCGCCUGGGCAGGCCAGUGGGCGCCUUCUGGACCCUCGCAAGGGACGAGGCCUUGCAUCGGCAAAAGGAAUUGCAGAGCGGAAGUGCUAGUUUGCUACUUUCUUCAAUCUGGAGGAUGCCUGUCAAAUGGGUUUUACACUGGCAACCCAAUGCAGGAACCAUGGUGAACAGCCAAAUUCUUAACGAAGUUUCUCAGUGCGUUGAGAGCGUCAAUGGCGUCAAAGACGGAAGAUGGAAAGCAACUCUAACAUUCUAUCGACCCAAUUUACGAGAGCCGUCACUGCAAGCCGAAUUUCCGCGUGAUUUUAUGGGGAUAUCGCUGCUGGAGCAACCUCACAAAUACUACUUCAUAAUUCGCGGCCAGAGGAUUGUUCUUGAAGCAGAUUCUUCAAUUCUGACCAUAAUGGAGAAGCUGCAAUCGUACAAGUCCAAAGUGGCACUCACUUUCGAGGGAGUGCUGUAUAAAUUGGGUGACUUCCAGCUGAGAGUUGGAAAAGUUGCCCCCAGUGCUUCUGAAAGUCUCAGAGGAAUUGUGAUGGAGGUCGAGUAUCUCCCGAUUUCUUCCAUCGAGAAAUCUAGGCAAGUUAUGGAAGAAUUCCUUAAUAUAUGGCGAGAAGCAGUGUCAAAAAAAUCAUUACCAGGUCAAUUCAUGCAUAUGGAACCAAAUUAUGCAGAAUAUGGGCUCUUGGAUUACUACACCUCGCAACAUACAGCUGUUCAGUAUGCGACAGUGUUGGCCCAAUUAAUCGCUACGGUGCAACCACCCGGGCAGUCUAUGAGGAAUUAGGAAGAGCUAAUGGUUUCUAUUCUGGCCUGUUGCUUGAAUGUAUGUUCACUAUAAUUUCAUGUUUGAAUUUAGGAGAAUGGAGAAGAAAAGGAGAGGCUUGAUUUGACUCAAGGGAAACGUCCAAAUUAAGCUUUCCUUUCCAUUGUUCUUCAAUCCACAAAGUUGAACACCCUACUGUGUAGCAUCUAUGUGAUUUUGUAUUACUGCAUGCAGCCUGGAUCGCCUUUGGUUUAGCUGUUGAAGUCAUUAGGCCAUGCUAAUAUGGGCGAGGGACCAAAUGCUCUUCUGGCUUCUGGGUUGCAUUUGUUGCAGCAAGAAGCAGGCAUGUUUGGCCUGUUUGGUUUCUUUUCUCAAA